CUUGGUGUGGAUCUAAUAAUUGGUCGCACUAAUUAACUACAGGACAAGUCGAGAAUCACAUCACUCACCCUUCUACGCCUGCCAGCGCAAAGUAUUUCAAUUAUUUAGUGAAACUUUGCCCACGUAAUGGGGCGUGGUUUCCUGCCUCGGGCGCUAAACUACCUAAUUAAAGCCAACCGUCGAGCCACGCCCCCCUGAUUGCCCCUAUAAAUGGGCGAUUAACACAGUUGGGCCGUCAGUUUAGGCGACAUGUACUCACCGGAAGAGGAUGCCGAGCUGAAGAGGCGCAACUAUCGCAGCAUCAGGGAGAUGAUCCGACUCUCCUACACGGUGGGCUUCAACCUGAUGGAUCCUUCCCGCUGCGGACAGGUGCUCAGAAUCUGGACAAUUGUUCUUAGCCUGAGCAGCUUGGCCUCGCUCUACGGUCACUGGCAAAUGUUAGUCAGGUAUAUUCAUGAUAUCCCACGCAUUGGUGAGACCGCUGGCACUGCCCUGCAGUUCCUGACAUCGAUAGCAAAGAUGUGGUACUUUCUAUUUGCCCACAAACAGAUAUACCAUUUACUACGAAAGGCGCGGUGCCACGAACUACUCCAAAGGUGUGAGCUCUUUGAAAGGAUGUCAGAUCUACCUGUAACCAAAAUUAUUCGCCAGCAAGUUGAGUCCACGAUGAAUAGGUACUGGGCCAGCACUCGUCGGCAACUUCUUAUCUAUUUGUAUAGCUGUAUUUGCAUUACCACAAACUACUUCAUCAACUCCUUUGCAAUCAACCUGUAUCGCUAUUUCACUCGUCCCAAAGGAUCCUACGAUAUUAUGUUACCUUUGCCAUCUCUUUAUCCUGCCUGGGAGCACAAGGGAUUAGAGUUUCCCUACUAUCACAUACAGAUGUAUCUGGAAACCUGUUCCCUGUAUAUCUGCGGCAUGUGCGCCGUUAGCUUUGAUGGAAUCUUUAUUGUUCUCUGUCUUCAUAGCGUGGGGCUAAUGAAGUCCCUCAACCAGAUGGUAGAGCACGCCACAUCGGAGCUAGUUCCUCCAGAUCGCAGGGUUGAGUACCUGCGAUGCUGUAUCUAUCAGUACCAGCGAGUGGCGAACUUUGCAGCUGAGGUUAACGGCUGCUUUCGGCACAUCACAUUCUCGCAGUUCCUGCUCAGCCUUUUCAACUGGGGCCUGGCUUUGUUCCAGAUGAGCGUGGGAUUGGGCGACAACAGCAGCAUCACCAUGAUCCGGAUGACCAUGUACCUGGUGGCAGCCGGCUAUCAGAUAGUUGUCUACUGCUACAAUGGCCAGCGAUUUGCGACAGCUGUGGAGCGAGGAGAUUGGCAACGCCUUCUACCAGUUGCGCUGGUACGGAGAGUCCCGGGAGUUUCGCCACCUCAUCCGCAUGAUGCUGAUGCGCACGAACCGGGGAUUCCGGCUGGACGUGUCCUGGUUCAUGCAAAUGUCCUUGCCCACACUGAUGGCGAUGGUCCGCACAAGUGGACAGUACUUCCUGCUGCUGCAGAACGUCAACCAGAAAUAGGGCACAAAGUUGAACAAAAUCGCCGUGUGUGCAGUGACGAAAAUGCGUAUUGGUUUGAGAUAGAUUUAUUUUUAGGGCUGCAUAUAAGAGCAGUUGAAUAAAAUGUAGGUGUACACUAAAGGGGAAUAAAACCUGGGUGUCACUGUAAAAAUAUGUGUAUAAUUCAUUUCCGCAAAGAUUUCUUUGAAAUAUUAAAUAUUUAGUGCUGUCCGGUUUUUUGGGAAACAACAGCAUGGGAAUGCUUUAUUUUUCGCUCUGUUUUGUUUGACUGAAACUGUUGACAGGAUGCGGAGUCCGGUCAAUCAAUACUGGAAUGUCCGAUGUCCUGCGUCCUGUGUCCUGGGCUGUCAGUCAGAUUGCUCCGCCCAUAAGUUUUGAUGGUCGUGCGGCGCAUUAAAAUAAUGAAAUUGCCAGCAGAUAAGGAGCAUGGUGGCUGCCGCUGCCAUUGCCGCUUCUAAUCAAUUUUAUUUAUUUGGCCUGGCAGCCAACGGAUCGGAACAGCGAACUGCCGCGAUUGUCUUUAUGUUGGCAUUGGCAUUGUAUAUCAGAAUCGAAAUAAAUGCUGCUUUAAAUGCCUUCUUACCAGCAAAUCGCUUCUCUAAUUGUUAGUUUCAGUGUAUUGCCCAGACUCUCAAUACUUUUAAUGCACGUUUGCUGUUUGCACAUCCUUUGUUUGCUUUUCUUUAUUUUCUUCGCCCAGUUUUAUCAUUUCUCCUCGCUUUAGUGCCUGGCGCAAAAAGGACAGCUUUUCUUUUCGGUUUAUUGAGGCACAUGAAUAUUCUUUAGCUGCUUAUAUCCCGUUUCCUCGCAUUUUCAGGCAUUUAUUUUUCGCAUUAUGUUUUAUAUUUGUCCAAGGACAACGAUGCUUUAUGCAUUGCGGGAAGGCUGUUAUCCACUUUGUGUUUCUUUUUCUUUUCGUAAAGCAUUAAGAGGGAGUGAAAUAUUGGAACUCUGCACUUGCAAAGUAAAAUAGCUGAGCUUUUCAUAUUAAAGACUAUGCCAUGUGCAAUUUAUAAAUUUAUUUAAAUAACCACAAAUAUUUUAUUGAACUCUUUUUAUAGCAGUUAAAGCUUGUAUUGUAUUUCACAGUGUAAGUACUUUGAAGUGUCACUUGCAGCCUUAAAUUAAAUUGCGAGCAAGCUGUUUGCUUAUUAUUAUUUUGUUCACACUUCCCGCUCCACUGCAAAUUGUCCAAUUAGACCGACAAAGAAAUAAAAAGCUGUUGACUCACCGACCACUGCUCAUUAGGGAGAACUGUACCUUUAAUGUUUGCUCUUUUCCUUUGCGCUUUCCCAGGAAAAUGUAUUCCUACGCGUGGGAAAUGGCUAAAAGUCAACACCGAAAGGAGGCGAGUCAAAGACGGGCAUGAUAAAUGAGCUGCACUCGAAUGCACACGUGGGAACGCCGGGGCUCCCAAAGACAUGGAAGCCCACUUCAACUACCUUCGACUUAAAUACCCUUCCUGUAAUGCACUACAUUUGUUUGUCUAGCACACAAUCGAGCGAGUUUCGUAUGCGUGUGCCCCACUUGUCAGUCUGUCGAAAGGAGCCACGGGGCGUAUGCGCAAUGCUAAAUGUAUUUAAUACUGGAAUACGGGAGCUGCAGAACUUGCUGUAAACGAGACUCUUGUUGAAUGAUGGUGAAGUAUUUUCAUUAACACUUCACUGCACUUGCUUCUUGAUGUGCAUAAAUAUGCAAUGUGCCGCGUAAUUAUAUCAUACAAAAUAAAAUGAAGUUAACAAAUAGACCAGAAACCUUGA